AUGGCCAAGUUUAAGCCGGCCCGGGAUGCGCUGGUCGGAAACCCGCGCCCUGCAUCCCAGCAGGCGAGGCAGGCCGCGAUGAACUACAUCAACGACGAGCGCAGUCCCGUUGUGCUCGAUAAUGGGUACGCCCCCAAAUACUACGUGGUCUACAACCUGCGAGGGCCCGAUGCGUACGGAAGGAACUACGGCAUCUUUACGAACUGGAACAAUGCCAAGGUCCAGACUGAAGGCUGCAAAAACAAAAACACUACUGCAUCGACUUUCGACCAGGCUAUGAAUCUUCUGGUAGAGGGGCUCGCCCUCGAGAUCGACGAUGGCUCCUUGUUGAAUUAUCCCUUGGCACAUCCAAGUCAGCCUACCGUGCCCGCUCCUGCGCCGCCUGCCCCGGUCAAGCGGCCCCGGGAGGAGGAGGACGAACCCGACCCCUUUUUUGUUGACGUUCGUCCACAUAAAAUCAUCAGACACGAGGACAAUCACCAGUCUGGUACACCUCAGUCACCAAUCAUGGUGGAGGAUGAUUCCGAUCAAGAAGUCACCAAAGAGGGGCGGGAUUUUGAUGACGAGGGAGAAGCAAUGAGGGAGGCGGAGGGGUUUGAUGACGAGGAAGAAGCAAUGAGGGAAGCUGAGGGGUUUAUACCUCUCAGUGGCUACUCCAGUCAAACGAACGAGUAUAUCAAACGUGAAAAUGAUCGCCGGGUAGGCGGGGAAGACCCGCCAGUUGUAGAGGAGGCCCCAGAGCUUCCCCUCUGUCCUGAACAGCAGCACGCCCUGGAUCUGGCCAUGCAGGGCCACAAUCUCUUCAUCACUGGAUCCGGCGGCUGCGGCAAAUCGGUCCUGGUUAAGGCCCUCAACAAGGCCUUCGACGCCCAGGAGAAGACCGUCUACCUUGUUGCGCCCACGGGCCAGGCCGCCACAAACAUCAACGGCAGGACAACAUAUUCCUACGCCGGAUGGAGCACCACCGCCCCGGCGGAGACACUCAGGACCCUCAUCCAAGAGGCCCGUCGCAGGAGCGUGUGGGAGCGCAUCAUGAGCACCGGCGUCCUUAUCAUCGACGAGAUCAGCAUGGUCGAGAGCGAGUUCUUCAACCGCCUCUCCGACGUCCUCAUUGCGCUCCGACGGGAAGCGUUCCUCCGCAGCUACCCCACUGUCGUCGAAACCCAGACCGCGGAAUCGGUGGAGCGACCAUUCGGCGGCAUCCAGGUCAUCGCAGUCGGCGACUUUUGCCAGCUGCCCCCAGUACUGCCGUUCAGCUACUGCACUGAGGAGGUGGCGUAUGACCAGUUUGGCGGUACUUCGACGCCGUGUGGGAAGAUGGAUUUCGACAAGAAAGGCAACCUGCACUUCUGUCCUCGAAACAGGGAGCACCCCAGCUUUCGGGAUGCCGAAAAAUGGGCUUUCAAUUCGCGGACCUGGGAACAGUGCAACUUCCAAUACAUCCAUCUAACCAAGAUCCAUCGACAAACCGAUGAGCGAUUCAUCACAAUGCUCCAGAACAUCCGCCUGGGCCACACAAGUGACGCCGAUCUCAACGUUCUGCUGGAACCUCGCCAAGUCAGGGAUGGCAUAGCCCUGUUCAGCCAUAAGCAGAAAGCUAAGGAUCACAACAACCGGGAGCUUAACAAGCUUCCCAGCCGGCCAGAGAAACUACUUGCCGUGGACUACCCUAGAGACCUUGGCGACAACAACGACAAGCACCGUUUCGACAAACAAUUGACCCUCAAGGCCGGCAUGCCGGUUGUGCUGCUGGCUAACCUCGACGUCGAGAAUGGUCUCUGCAACGGCAGCCAGGGCAAGCUCCUCCGCUUCGUGCGGACGCUGCACGAACACAACAAACCCAAAAUGCCCGAAGAGAAGAGUUACAAGGGAGAUCACUACGCCUACGAGCUCGCUUGCGCUAGAUACGACCAAAUGACCGACUACAUCAAUGGCGCAUCAGGCGUCGAGGGUUUCCCCGAAGUCAUAUUCGCAAACGGCCAACGACGCGUCAUCGUGCCCUACUGCAAUAUGCACGACAUCGAAACAGCGAUGGAGCAAACCCCCCACGGGUCCAGGAAGGUCCUGACGGGGUACUCGGCGCGCACGCAGAUCCCACUUGUCCCGGGCUGGGCCAUGACCAUCCACAAGAGCCAGAGCCUGUCGCUCGACCGCGUCAUCGUCAACCUGGAGGACGUCUGGGACGGAAGGCAGACGUACGUGGCCCUGAGCCGCGCGCGGUCGCUCGGCGGUCUCAAGGUCAUCGGGAACAAGGCCAAGAUGAGGAGGACGCUGCCGCUGGACCCCGAGGUGAGGAAGUUCAUGAGGGAGGUGGAGCGCCGGGCGGCUACGGUGGCUACGGCAGACGAGGCAAGUGGACCCCCGAAGAAGGAAUUCGUUGCUGCGCUGCAGGCUCGUGUGAAGAGCCUUGAGGCCGAACUCGCCCGAAUGCGGGGCUCCGGUGAGGGUGGUGACUUUGCCUCCGUUGCCGAUACCGAACCCCGGGAAGCCGGCGACGAAGAUGAACGGAUGUCGCCGGAGUCCACCACCAGCCAUGGCACAUCUGGAACAUUGUCAGUGGCGAUGGAAGAAGUCACUGAUAUCCUCGGGCGCUUUGCUAUUGGGGACGGGGGGGAGCUUUGUUACUUUGGGUCCCGGAGCAAUUUGAACCUCUUGAGGAGCGCGACGAUCCGAUCAACAUCGAACAGUGAGAUGCAGCGCAGAGGCUACGAGGCGGCCAAGGCCCAGGUGGGACUCGUUGUAGUGUCCCAGGACCUUCAGACGCAUCUUCUAGAUUUAUUUUGGAAGUGGCAGAACUCCUGGCAGUAUAUUGUUUGCAAAACGCCGUUUCUGCAAGAUCUAAGCAGCCACCCCGGCAGCCCCUUCGGGCGAUUCUGUUCACCUGCCUUGUUCUACGCCAUCUUGGCACUUGCUUCGAGGUAUACCGACGAUGUACGUGUCAGGACUGAUCCGAACGAUCCAAACACCGCGGGAGAUGCGUUUGCAGCCCAGGCCCGGGUGAUGCUUCACUAUGAGUGUGAAGCGCCAAACCCAACCACCGUUCAGGCUUUAGCCUUGACGUGCUUGCGCGAGAUGGCCGUCGACAAGGAGGCCCUCGGGUGGAUGUACUGCGGUAUGUGUGUACGCAUGGCUAUGAACUUGGGGAUGCACCUGAACUGUUCGCUGUGCCUCUCGGAGGGAACACUCAGCGCCGAAGAGGCUGAAGUGAGAAACGUGGCAUGGUGGGGAUGCUACGUGCUUGAUAAGCUCUUCAACAUUGGUCUGGGGAGGCCGUCCAUGAUCCAGGCGCGGGACGUCACAGCUGAGCUGCCGAACACCUGCUGCGUGGAGGAGCUGGAACCAUGGCAAGGGACCUCCAGCCUAGUCAAUCCCAUUUCGACCGCUGCAUCUCACAGUAUCACGAAUGCUAUCUAUACCUGCAGACUCUUGGGAGCCAUGGGCGACAUUCUCGACGCUAUGUAA